CUGAACAGCGCGAUCGGAUUCGGGAGAAACCGAUGGCUCUAAUCCAGGACGGUUUAGCGUCUAUGCAUGCUGGACUCAAAAUCCGGUUCAUUUCCAGACCUCGAAAUUACGAUCACAGGAUCGUCAAAAGCACCAGAGUCAGAGUUGACAUGCUGACACGCUGACACCUCUGCCUCUGCCGGUACACAACGGUAACAGGGCUGAUGUGGGCAACUUCGGCAAUAGGGCAUUUACUUAUCCCCUUUGACCCCGAUAUUAGCCGUAGUGAACUGGCAAAAGCCGAUAUGCACACGCCAGCACUGGUCACUGACGUGCCGUUGAAUACGCACCAACGAAUCACGGUAUUUCGAUAUCUGCCGUGUGCUGGAUGGCUGCUUUCUUUUACGGCAGCCCAGUGUCCUAUUUGGCGCCACACAAUCACGGGACGUCGCAUUCGGCGUGGCAAGAUCCGAAAGAAGCAAUUUGACUGUUUUUUUCUCGCUAUCGUUACGGGAACUCGAUGUGAUGACGCAUGCAUAUCGAACGGGAGACUUUCGCGCGUAUUAGCUCCAAGAGAGAGUUUUCGCGAGGUCGAACUCUCAGAGCACGGGGUUGCAUUAUCUUGCACUGUACGAUACAUGUGCAUUACUUGCUCACUUUACAAUGGCCACUCGUUCCGAGCAAAAGAUACGUGCAACAUGUGCCUUGAAGCAUAAGUUGUGCGAGCUCUUGCGCUACUUUUACGCC